AUCGAUAGUAUCUAUGGCACUAUCGAUUUUCUCCCAACCCCAAUGCUCACCGGAAAUGGAUGGUCUGAUUGAUUUCCUUUCCUUUUCUUCUUUCGACCGACCAAUACGGAAUUUUCGAGAUUGUAGUUGGAUCUGACGAAAUAAACCAAAAUGCCACGAGAAAUAAAAGAAGUAAAAGAUUUUCUUAACAAAGCACGUCGUUCAGAUGCGCGUGCUGUGAAAAUCAAGAAGAAUCCUACAAAUACUAAGUUCAAGAUCCGCUGCUCGCGCUUUUUGUACACGUUAGUGGUACAGGAUAAGGAAAAAGCGGACAAAAUUAAGCAGUCUUUGCCUCCAGGAUUGCAAGUCAAGGAAGUCAAGUAGUGCUUCGUUUCAGAGUCAUUGCAUGAACUGCGUUAAAUCGAUUUGGCUGGAUGCAACUUCUUCAUAAUAUAAAAUCGAUUUUUGGAAAUAGCAAUCAAAAAAUGUACCGUGAAA